AUUAUGGAAGCGCAUUGUCGCAACGGACGGCUGCCGCAACGGCCGCGCGUAUAACCUGCGCACGCGCAUCCGCGAUAACGCCUCCUACCGCACGGCGAGUCGACUCAACGCGAAACAAGUGACGUUCUAACGCGAUAUAAUCGAUAAUACAAACAAACAUACGCAUACUAUUCCAUUUUGUUAAGUUCGUUGAAGUAAUACGAAAUAAUGAGAUAAGUGAAAAUUUUGUAUUAGAAAUAGUCAUGUUACAGUUUAUCAUAACUAUGAUUAUAUAAACAGUGAUGUUUUGAAAAUAUGUGUGAAAAAUAUAAAAUGGGACUCGGAAAGUUCGGUUUUAAUGUGAAAAAGAACAAAGUGACAGUGGCAGGGGUCAAGACUAAAUUUAGUAUUAAGAAAACAUAUAAUAAAAUACAAAAAAAAUUUAAAAAGACUGAUUCCGAGAAGAAGGAUUCCCGGCCGAAAGAAAAAAGGAUAUGGUGGCACGAGUACAAUAGUUUAGGUGAAAUCGACCAGUACUUAUGGCUGGUUGGUGGGACGACGGGUGCGCUGGCGUUGACUGGUGUUGUUGCAGCAUCCGCCUUCUACCUCAGCUACAGGCCGAGGCCGGAGAAGCCGCUUGUAACAUUACACGAACAGAGCCUCCUUGAGCCGGGGCCUGAAAUGGUUCGUGUGUCAAAAUUCUAUAAAGAAGCUAAAAAUGGCCGAUACCUCCGUUAUCUUUAUGAGGACACACGCACCCUUUACGAAACUUUUCGUCGAGGCGUUAAGGAAUCAAAUAAUGGCAAUUGUCUCGGUUGGCGUGAGGGACCAAAUAAACCCUACGUAUGGCAGACCUAUAAUGAAACAUUGCUGCGGGCGAAAAAUUUCGGCUCUGGGCUGAUAUGCCAAGGGUUACCUCCUGGUCAAAACACUUUUGUGGGUAUAUACUCACAGAAUUGUCCAGAGUGGGUCAUGACAGAACAAGCUGCAUACUGCUAUUCAAUGGUCAUUGUCCCAUUGUACGACACGUUAGGAGCUAACGCAUGUGCCUUCAUUGUUAAUCAAACUGAAAUGUCAGUAGUAAUUUGUGAAGACGAUAAAAAAGCUAAUCUACUGCUUGAUCAGUCGCCAAGAUGUCUAAGGAAACUUAUCACGAUCAAAGAGGUAUCGCCUUCGACGCACCAACGAGCAAAGAGUCGUGGCGUGGAAAUCCUUAAGUUUACCGAUGUAGAAAUACAAGGCGCUCAGAAGGAUCAUCCUUGUAUUCCACCGAAACCAGAGAACGUGUGCACAAUCUGCUACACCUCAGGAACUACGGGAAUGCCAAAAGGCGUUAUGCUGACGCACGAGAAUGUGGUCGCGUCAAUGUGCAGCGUGAACAUGCAGCUGGGCGAACAUAGGCCGUCAAAGCAUGACGUCAUGAUCUCCUUCCUACCACUUGCUCAUAUGCUGGAGCGAUGUUGCGAGAAUUCCGUAUACAUGGUAGGCGGGGCUGUCGGCUUCUAUAGUGGAGAUAUCCGCCGAUUAGCAGACGACUUGAGUGCUCUGAAACCAACAAUGAUCCCAGCUGUACCUCGACUUCUUAACAGGCUCUACGAUAAGGCACAAUCUGAAAUAUCAAACUCGAAGAUAAAAAAGCUACUGUUCAAUAUGGCAUUAUCAGCUAAGGAGUCUGAAUUAAAACGAGGCAUAAUCCGCACUGACUCUAUCUGGGAUAAACUGGUAUUCCGUAAGGUGCGCGAGGGCAUGGGCGGACGUUUACGACUAAUGGUGGUCGGCUCGGCUCCUCUUGCUGGCAACGUACUCACCUUCGCACGAUGCGCUCUUGGAUGUCUCAUUGUGGAAGGUUAUGGGCAGACGGAGUGCACCGCGCCGGUUACUCUCACUGUUCAGGGCGACCACGUGCCUGAACAUGUCGGCCCUCCCGUUGCUUGUUGUAAAGUGAAGUUAGUGGAUGUGCCCGAGAUGGAGUACUACGCGGCGCAGGGCCAAGGUGAGGUGUGCGUGCAAGGCGCCAACGUGUUCAAGGGAUACUUCAAGGAACCGGAGAAAACUAGGGAAGUCAUCGACCAAGAUGGCUGGCAUCACACCGGAGACGUUGGCAAAUGGUUACCGAAUGGUACACUGAAAAUUAUUGAUAGAAGAAAACACAUAUUCAAAUUAUCGCAAGGCGAAUAUAUAGUUCCUGAGAAAAUCGAAAACAUUUAUAUAAGAAGUCAAUACGUCGAACAAGUUUUUGUACAUGGCGAAUCAUUAAAGUCGUGUGUUGUGGCGGUUGUGGUACCGGACGUCGACGUUGUAAAAUGCUGGGCGUUAGAAAACGGCAUCAAGGGCACAUUCUCAGCCCUAUGCGAGAACGAGAAAGUUAAAAAGGUCAUUUUGGAUGACAUGUUGCAAUGGGGCAGGACAGCUGGCCUCAAGACAUUUGAACAAGUCAAAGACAUAUACCUUCACCCCGAUCCAUUCUCAGUACAGAACGGCCUACUGACCCCUACGCUGAAAGCGAAGAGACCCGAGAUCAGAAAUUACUUCAAACCCCAGAUAGAGGACAUGUAUAAACAGCUCGAAUAACAAUGGCGCUCGAUAUAUUUAGUAUAGAAAUAUGUACUAAUAGUACUGAAGUCGGAAUUGUUUUAAUCAGAUGGACGGACAUGAACAAUUGACGUAAGAUAGAUAAGACCAAUUGUCCAUUAUGGUGUCAUCUGCAUAUUUCUCUAAAUAUAAUUAUUGCACUAAAUACUAAAUUCCCGUUUAAUAAUUUUAUGCUAAAACUACAAUGUGACAAUAAUACUUUCACUCUAGUUCUUUUACAGAAUAAACUAUAAAAUAUAUUUUAUUUUAAUAUUAAAGAAAUAUCCACUUACCAUAAUUCUAUACAUUUCUGUCAUUAAUUAAUAUAAACGAGUUGUUGCAACAGAAUUAUAUAUUUGAAAGCAGAUACACUUUAAUGGACAGUGUAUAUAGUAUUUCAAUUAAGGUGAUUAAAAAAAAAUAUACGGGAGCUUUUUUUUUAUUUUGAAAGAAUUAUUUUGAAUGAAGUACUUAAAAUAAAUACUCUAAUUGCAUAAAUUAUUUUAUAAUUUUGCAAUUUAAUAAUAAUUAUAAAACUAACAGCGUACGUUGUCGAUAAAGUUUAUCUUUAGUGUCUUUGUACCUAAUUUGUGAUUAUUACUUUAUGUCUCAAAAGUCUAGGAAUUUUGAAAUUCGAAAUAUUCUUUUUUUUUUAAUUAAUGAGGUAAAUAAGAACGAUUAAUGUGUGUGAUUGGUUUGAAUACUGAAAUUGUAUUAUAAGGUAAAUAAAAGUGAAGAAAACAGUGUCAUAUUCAUAGAAAUCAUCAUUUGUUUUCAAUGUUUUUCUACCAGCCAUUUCUGUAAUCACUCCUCUCUCACACUUUAUAAACAGUCGAUAAAAUGAAAAUAUGACUUUAGUACCUUUUUGCAGCAAUGUUGCGAAAUAUUUACUAGUAUUUACUAUUAACAUCGAUGAGACGUUAGACUGAUAGAGUUCCAAUAAGAGUCAUCGUUCUAUUUGGUCGACCUUACCUUAUUAAUAAUAAGCGGGAAUAAUUCUUCUAAUUACAUUGACGCAUCGUGUGACGAUUCUAGUGUUUAAUAAAUGAGUCACAUUAAAUUUACCCUAAAAUGAAAACAAAGUACGUCCGCCUUAUUAAAACAAAAUAAUGCCAAUUCGUUUGUACCACAUUACUACAUACGAGGUUUGUCCGGAAAGUACGUAUAAAAGUUUUUUAAAAAUUUUAUUUUACAAUUAUUCAGGUAAAUCAAUUUUAUCCCCUUCAAAGUACUCCCCCUGUGACAUAAUGCACUUGUGCCAACGCCGUUUCCACUGUGAGAAGGCUCCUUGAAAGUCCUCUGGUUGUAGGUUUCUCAGCUGCCCCGUCGUAGCUUUUUUUAUCUCAUUUAUGUCCCCCAAAUGCCGCCCCCGAAGUACCAAUUUGGUUUUUGGGAACAAGAAGAAGUCACACGGGGCCAAAUCCGGCGAAUAGGGGGGUGUUCGGUCACCGUAAUGGAAUUUUUACUCAAAAACUCACGAACAACAAGAGAGGUGUGGGCAGGGGCAUUGUCGUGGUGAAGAAUCCAACGCCCCUCUCGCGCCAAUUCUGGACGAACUCGUGCCACACGAGCUUUGAGGCGUCUGAGCACAUCGACGUAGAAUUUUCCAUCAACUGUCUGGCCUGGAGGGACGAAUUCUUGAUGGACAAUCCCCCGAACAUCGAAAAAAACAAUCAACAUUUCUCGGCCCUCUCUGAAUCUUUUUAGCCACUUGUGGACGGUUGGUUCCUUCACAGCAUCAUCCCCAUAAACUGUUCUGAGAUCGGCAAAAAUUUCACGGCCAUUCUUGCCGAGUUUCGAGAGAAACUUGAUUACGACGCGCUGCUCUUCAACGGAAGCGGGCUCCAUGCCGACGGGGUUUCGUUAAGAGGUAACUUCACAGAUGGCGUGACAAGCCAGUUCGCACCGCACGGCGGUCAGACCAGAACUGAAGCAUUCUUAGGGACAUAAGGAAGGGGUCCUGCGCUUACCUGGCCUCCCCACUCCUCUUUCUCGCAUUCCAGAACACUUUUAUACGAACUUUCCGGACAGACCUCGUAUAGCUAUGAUUCGUCCUUUUUAUUCAUUCGUGGUCAGAAGAGGACAGCUUUAGUUUAAUUUCACAUUAGUUUUGUGGCACAAGGAAUCGACACCGAUACGUAUUAUUAGGGGCGUGUGACGUCACAAGUCUUUUUUACUCAGUAUCCUAUCACAGUACAAUGUGUUCGUUAUAAUUUAGUCACUAUUCACUUUGCUAUCGCUAUUAAAUAUAAUAAAUAAUAAGUAUACCAACAAAAACUGACUGAAAAUAUAUGAAACUGUAGAGGCUCAGUCGAUUUUGAUAUUCAAUUCUAAAACUGUAAGGAUUUUCUAUUAUAUAAUCCAAAAGUCUUUUUUAUAUGGCAAUAAAAGGAACUAUCGUUUCUGAUAUAGUCAAUUAAAAUAUAAAAUCUUACUAAAUGCAUGCAUUUUAUUAUUUUAUUACAUAUUAUUCAUAUGUAUAAUCAAUAUUCGUUUAGUACAAUCAACUUUUUACCGGCGGAUCGUCGAUGCCAUCUUGGAUUUUCAAAGUUGUGUAACAAUUUGAUACUAAGUAAAAGUCCUACAUGAGUAGAAAAUAAAAAAAAAAUUAAGAAUAUAAUUUCAGCCCUAAUUACACAUUUAGUAGGUAUUUAACAUUUUCAGCAUAGCCGUCCUCACAGAUUGUAAUAGUGUUUACAGACAGCAACAAAAAUACCAGGCCAUUGGUUACUAAAAGACAUGAAAUUUUGAACCUUAUCGUAACGCGAUAAGGAUUUGUAUAUUUCAUCCUGUAAGUUGCUGUGUUAUUAUAAAAAGUCAACAUUACUAUGAAACAAUAGGGAAGCUUCCUGUCAAUUUAUAAUAUAAAUAUUAUAUUAUGCUUACUGCCUGAAGGGGCGCCAUUUUGUUAUAAUGUAAACAAAUUUUAUCUUUGCUUUAGUCUGUAGUAAAAGGCGGGAAUACAGAGUUUUAUAAGUUUUUACAAUUAUUUCUUUAAAAUCAAAUUUUGACAGUAGCCUUACGGUUGUUUACGUCGUAACAUAGUGGGGUCACCUAUGCAGAGUUUUCCCUUUAAGCUUCUGUAUUGUCUUCAAAUUUACAGUCAAAGAGGGAAAAAGGUGACAGUUGUUAUUUAAAAAUUAGUAAUUAUCAAAAAUAUAUACAGACAUUAAUGCUGAAAUAUUGACCAUCACAUGUACCUUUGUAAAGUCUAUCAAAUCUCAUUUUAUCCUAGUGAGUAAAAUGAUUGAUGACCUAUUAAAUUGAUCUAUAAUUUCGUUAUAAUUCAUAAAAAUAACAUAUUCCAUUUAAUAUAAUAUCAUGAUAUUUAAUUCAUACUAUGCAGCUAGUUAUUUUUAUCCUAGUACAUUGUCGUAUAUCAGAUUACUAACUAGGGAUAAUGGGAUCUUGUAAAUGAGGUCAUCUCGCUUAUGGGCACUUAUGAUAAUGCGGAAGUUAAUAUUAACUAUAAAAAUCCAAACGAAAUUGCCGGUUCUAGUGACAAUUUUAUAUGCAAUGAUAUUACAAGUUUUAUAGGAAAUAUCGUCUACAAUAAUAGAUUUAGGUAAAUUUUAAGUAAUAUAAACAGAAAACUAGACGCAAACAUAGAAUUUAUAUAGUCAACUCUCAUGCGUAGCACGAAUUAUUACUUUUCUCUUAUAGUUAAAAAAACAUUGAUUAUGUGUAUUUUAUCGACUCUGAGUGAGAGUAAUAAAUACAGUAAAAUUUUUACAUACAUAUAUAAUUUCGGUGCAAAUAGUAUAUAGUUUUAAGUAGAGAAAAUACUCGAUAUUAUAGUUUAUGUCGUGCCUUCAACCCAAACAUAUUUUGUAAAAGUCAAACAGGCGCAUUGACCGGACAUUUACUAUAAAUAAUUUAAGGUGCAAGAAUUAUUAUGUUUAUUUGAAUUAAGAAGAAUUUUGUAAUAUCUUUACUGUGAGUAAUUGAUUUACUUUUAACUGGGAUUGUACUAACACCUCCAUGAAUGGAAAACAGAAUUGCAUUGCACACGAGUCCGUGGACUCCGAUGUAUACAAUGGGAAGUUUUGUUUUGUGGAAUAUCGGCGAAAAAAACCCGCAUCUAUGUAAUCUUACGCGACAAUACGAACCCAGGAUAAAGUAUUUGAAUCUCCGUUAUUUUGUGUAUGCUUAGUGAAUUUCACAUGACAAAAAUGUCUUACGUAUUCUUAUGUACCUAUAAAUAAAACUUUAAUCCUAUGGCAAAUAUCGCACCUAGUAGUAGUAGGUAAUGAUUUAAUUAUUCUCUGCGCAAUAUUAAUAAGUUGAUUCAUGCUUUGAGCGAACGUUACGGUUUCAUGUUGUUCAAACCAAAAUUUUGUUGUUAUUGGUGCAAGUUGUACUGCGAUAAUUUAUUUUUAAAUAAAAAAAUAAACAAU